CCCUCGACGAAUAAAUUCAUUACUAAUAUCUCAAAAACACAUAAAAUUUCCGAGGAAACACACACAAAAAUGAAAGUGUUAUCUCUGUUUUGCAUUUGUGUGGUCAUCGUUUUGGUAACAAGAUACAGCAAUGCUUUCACAAGAAAUGACUUUCCAGAGGAUUUCCUCUUCGGAGCUGCCACUUCUGCUUAUCAGUGGGAAGGAGCGGUUGAUGAAGAUGGAAGGACUCCUAGCGUUUGGGAUACUUUCUCCCACUCUGAUAACAAAGGAAAUGGAGAUAUAGCAUGUGAUGGUUAUCACAAAUACAAGGAAGAUGUUAAGUUAAUGGCAGAAAUGGGUUUAGAAGCAUUCAGAUUAUCUAUCUCAUGGUCAAGGCUUAUACCUAAUGGAAGAGGACAAAUUAACCCUAAAGGUCUACUGUUUUACAAGAACCUCAUCAAAGAACUACGAAACCAUGGAAUCGAACCACACGUUACACUCUACCACUAUGACCUUCCUCAGGUUCUUGAAGAUGAGUAUGGAGGAUGGAUCGACCGCAAAAUCAUAGAAGACUUCACUGCUUUUGCAGAUGUAUGCUUCAGAGAGUUUGGGGACGACGUGAAGCUAUGGACCACAAUAAACGAAGCUAACAUAUUCGCCAUUGGUGCUUACAGCGAAGGAUUUUUGCCGCCAGGACAUUGUUCUACUAACGAAUUCGUCAACUGCUCUACUGGAAACUCUUCUACUGAACCAUAUCUUGCAGGACAUAACAUAUUGCUAGCUCAUGCCUCUGCUUCAAAACUGUAUAGACUCAAGUACAAGAGUAAGCAGAGAGGAUCUGUAGGCCUUAGCAUAUAUGCAUAUGGGUUAGUUCCUUAUACUGACUCCAAGGAGGAUGAGAUUGCAACUCAGAGAUCUAAAGAUUUCUUCUAUGGCUGGUUGUUGAAGCCUGUGGUGUUUGGGGACUAUCCAGAUGAAAUGAAGAGAAUCUUGGGAUCCAGGUUACCUGUUUUCUCAAAUGAAGAGUCAGAGCUAGUUAAAGGAUCAUCUGACUUUUUGGGGAUUAUCCACUACACUACAGUCUAUAUCGCAAACAUUACACCCGCACCUUCUGUCCUUCCAAGCAACCAAGAGUUCUUCACAGACAUGGGUGUAGAUACAAUCUUCAUUGGGAACUCUUCAUUCUUCAAGUGGGAUGCUAUUCCAUGGGGUUUUGAAGGUGUCUUGGAGUAUUUGAAACAGAGCUAUAACAAUCCUCCUAUCUACAUUCUUGAAAAUGGUUUACCGUUGGAACACGAUUCAACGCUACAAGACACACCAAGAGUUGAAUACAUUCAGUCUUACAUUGGUGCUAUGCUCAACGCCAUCAAGAAUGGAUCAGACACGAGAGGUUACUUUUUCUGGUCGGUGAUUGACUUGUAUGAGCUAUUGGCUGGAUACAAGCUCAGCUAUGGAUUGUAUUAUGUGAAUUUCAGCGAUCCCGGACUCAAGAGGUCACCAAAGCUAUCUGCUUCUUGGUACACUGGUUUUCUCAAUGGUACAAUUGAUGUUGCUCCUCAAGCUACUACUCAGCAGCAGAGCCUCUUCCCUGGUUCUUCGUCUUUGUGAUUUAGUUACAUAUAUAGAUAAGCUAAGGCAGGAUUUCUGGUUCUGUUUUGAUCCUCAUUUGGUCUAAGUUUGUCUUUUCAAUGACCAAACUCAGGUGAUUUGCCUUAUGGUUUAGCAAGAUACUAGAGAUUGAUCCGUGCACUCGUGCGGAUAUUGGUUUUUACAUUUUUAUACAUUGAUAUUUGGUUUUUAUAAUUAUUGGUUUUACAUUUUUAUACA